AUGGCUGACAGCGCAGAGCCCGCGGCUCCCGACGCCGCUCCCGCCGCGGCUCCGGACGCGGGUCCCGCCGCGGCCCCUGCGGGCUCGCCGGUGCCGGAGCGGCGGGCGGGCGGCUCCACCGGAGCGGGCGCGGCUAUGCCGCGGCUGCCGCUGGGCGGCCAGGGCGGGGCGGCGGGAAUGUCGCUGCCGCGGCUGGAGAAGCCGAUCAAGCAGGCCUUCUACAACACCGGGGCGCUGCUGUUCGCGGGGCUGUGUUGCGGCGCCGCCGUCCUCGUGUACUUCAUCCUGGAGGCGUUCCUGCGGCCGCUGCUCUGGGCCGUGCUCUGCGGAACCUUCCUGCACCCCUUCAAGACCUCGCUGACGGCGCUGGGGCGGCGCUGGCUGGGCCGCCUGCACCGCUCCCGCACGCCGGUGCUGCUGGCCGCCCUCCUGCUGCCCAUCUGCUUCGCCAACUACGGCGUGGAGGCGCUGGGCGAGCAGGUGCUGCGGCGGCGGCGGCUCCUGCUGCUGCUGGGCGCCGGGGGCCCGCUGCUCUACGGGCUCUACUGCCUGGGCAGCUCGCUGGGCGUGCAGGUGCUGCUGGCACAGGCCGCCCGCAUCAUCUGCCAGGGGCUCGACUACUUCAGCAGCCAGUGGAUAUGGACACUGGUAGUUGGUUACCUGCUGAUGGUUUCAUUCAAGUGGAAUAUAAGCACUGAGCGUUACUUAAAAGCAGUCUCUGUUCCUGUCUGGAUUAUGCUGCUCUUUCACUUAGCUUCUGUGGCAGGUUCCUGGAGAAUUCCUGUAUUUCUGGUUAUAGUUGUUCUGAUGACAGUAGGCAUGUUGCAUGAACAGCAGAAUGGAAAGGAAUCUUCUGGGGCUGAGCUUCCUGGUCAGAUGAUAUCCAUUGCUGCUUCAACAAUUGCCAUGGCAAUUUCAAUGACAGAAGAUGAGUCCAAUAAUGAACAUUCCUCCCAACCCUCAGGAUCAACAGCAGAAAGUGAUCAGCCUCCACCUCCACGAGCUUCAUCAUCUUUCGGCACCUCCUCUUCAUCAUCUUCUGGGAACAGACAAAGAACUGAGAUUGGAUCUUUUCUUAGAAAAAAGAAAACUAGUGAUAUUUACUUUGUUACUCUUGUGUGGGCCAUUGUCAUUGUUCAGAUCUGGCUAAAUUUUUGGAUUGUGCAGCUGUUGCCAGUGCCAUUUGCAGUUUGGGCACUUAAAAAAUUCGUGGUUCAUUUUGGAGUUUUGAACUUCAUGGCAAAGCACUGCAAAAGUUGGUGGCAACUGGUUGAAAAUUUUGUGAAGGAACGUCAGGAAGCUCUUGCUCCACGGCCCAUCAGAGGACUUGGAAGUGUUAUGCUAAAGCUUGACAGUAAGCUGUGGCACUGGCUUAAUAAGAAGAUUAUCGUGUGGCUGGAGAAGAUGCUAGAUAAAAUAAUCAGCAUUUUCAUAAUAUUUGUGCUGGUGAUAGGAACCCUUCUGCUAGCUCUUCUCCUUACUGCAAAGGUACAUCAAGAGAGCGUUCACAUGAUUCAAGUCACAAGCAGCUUGAUCAAUGAGACAGUAGCCAGUCACCCAGAGUGGGCAAACUGGCUCCCAGAGGCCCAGGUCAUUCAGAAGGCGCUCAAUUCUGCAGCCAACAACGUAUACCAGUAUGGCCGAGAAUGGAUCACACACAAGCUCCAUAAGAUUUUAGGAGAAAAAGUAAAUAACACCGCUGUGAUUGAAAAACAAGUACUGGAACUCUGGGACAGGCUUUAUCACUCUUGGUUUGUGAAGAAUGUAACACAUUCUGGAAGACACAAAGGACACAAGUGGCACAUAAACCGUCAGCACAGCUGGCUUGGAGAUAUUCUGGACUGGCAAGAUGUUGCGUCGUUUGUUCACGAUAACAUCGAAACGUUUCUCUCGAUCCUGGAGUCUCUGUGGAUAGUGAUGAGUCGCAAUGUGAGCCUCUUGUUUACUACGGUUACAGCAUUAGUGACAAUCCUCUUCCACAGUGGGACAGCUCUUCUCAAUUUUGUGCUUUCAGUGGUGAUUUUUCUGACCACAUUGUUCUACCUGUUAAGCUCCAGUGAUGAAUAUUACAAGCCAGUAAAAUGGGUGAUAAGCCUGACACCUUUGUCUCAGCCAGGUCCCUCCUCAAAUAUAGUUGGCCAAUCUGUGGAGGAAGCAAUAAGAGGUGUGUUUGAUGCUUCCCUCAAAAUGGCUGGGUUCUAUGGACUCUACACUUGGCUGACUCACACUAUAUUUGGGAUUAACAUAGUCUUCAUACCAUCUGCAUUAGCAGCAAUCCUUGGAGCAGUGCCAUUUCUGGGGACAUACUGGGCAGCAGUCCCUGCAGUCCUAGAUUUGUGGCUUGUGCAAGGACAGGGAUGCAAAGCCCUUCUGCUCUUGGUUUUUCACCUCUUGCCAACCUAUUUUGUAGAUACAGCAAUUUAUUCAGAUAUAUCAGGAGGGGGUCACCCUUACCUGACAGGCCUUGCAGUAGCUGGUGGAGCAUAUUACCUGGGACUGGAAGGGGCCAUCAUAGGACCAAUUCUCCUUUGUAUACUUGUGGUUGCUUCCAAUAUAUAUAGUGCCAUGUUGGUGAGUCCAACGAAUUCUGUGCCCACUCCAUCGCAGGCAGCGUGGCCAUUGCAGAUUUACCGGUCACCUAGAGAGAGCCCUGAGGAGGCGAAGAUGUCUGCUGAGUGAGGGAGGUGCUGGGCUGUACCCCUGCAACAUGAGGGAACCGCUGUCUUCUGUCUUGGGUUCACAACAGCCAUGGAUGGCCUUCUGUCCCUUCCCAGCUCUGCCUGGGGGCUGCUCACAGGGAAGCAUAGAAUGCUUUAGGAGAAAGCACUGGCCUUACAUUAUUGUGCACUUUGCCUCUUCCAGAGAGAAUGUCUAAUUCCCAUGGCUUUGCAUACCAACACACAGUCAGCUGCCUUGUUGAAGACUUUAAGACCUUCUGUCUUAGCAAAAGAAUAGUUAAGAGGACAGGUACAUCCACUGGAGUCGUUAUCUUAUCUCCUGAAAUUACUAACUUGGCUUUUAUUUAUUGGAUUAUUUGUCUUAUUAAACUGUAGUAGCUUUAAAGAAAGCUGUAAUUCCAAAAUAUUUAUUUUUAGGCAAUCUGGUGGCAAAAGAAGGGCAAACCACUCAUUGUGAAAUGAAAGUAUAAUGUAAUAGUUUGCUUCUCCUCAAGGUGUUUCUUUAUAAGCUUCAAUCAUCAUCUGUAACUCAUAAUAACACUUAAAUAUUAUUCACUUACACGCACUGAAAUUUAAUGUUGUUGGAGACUGGUAUUUUAAAAAUCUUCCUGAUAUUUAUAGAAAUGCAAACUGUUAAAUGUGAGUUUUCCUCUUACUGACAUAGGAAGACUUGUUUAAAUAGUUUAAGUCUUGCCCCCAUUUUCAGCAAAAUCUGAUAAUAUUUUGCUGUUUAUCCACCCUCCCAGUGGAGUCAUCUUGUCAAGUAAAUUUAAUCAAAGGCCUUAAGUGUUUUCAGACAGUAGUAAUGUAGGAUGGUCACAUGUCCUUCCAGUAAUUGGAAGAAGUUUCAUGGGAAUUGUUUAAUGUUGAUUUUCAAAUGCUGUGGCUAGUUCCAUUCACUUUUUAAACAAAUUUUAGUACCAGAAAGAAAGGGGAGAGAACAUAGAUUUUGGUUUAGCUUAUUUGGGGCUUUUUAACCCUGUCAAGCAGCUGGCCACAUAUCUUGCUGAGAUAUAGGAUAUAUCUUAAUAUAUUAAGGUGCAUCUUAUUAAUAAGCAAAGAUCUUGAAUAUGUAAUUUUACUUAAAAUGCAGCUUUGGUGACAUUUAAGGCCUUUUGUAUUGAUUGUCAGAUCCUUUUUGUAAAUGAGAAGUGGGGUUUUGGUAAGUAUUUCGUACUUGCACAGCUUUUCCGCAAAUCCAGUGAGGCCCUAGUACAAAGUAGCAGAUGCACUUGCUUAACCAAAGAACCACCUUUCAGUUUCCAGUAACUCAAAUUGAUUUCAGAGUUUGAUUGAUAAUGAGUUGUACAAAAUAUAGGCAUGCCUUGUAUUUAUUGUUGACAGUAAUUCAAUGCUUGAAACAAAGGGAUCUUAUCCAGGGAUAAGGAUAUCUAAGAUAUGUGCACAAACAGCUUGCAGAUGUUUGUUUUACGUGAGUUUUAGGAGUGCUGACAGAUUUGGAAGAUUGUUUUCAAAAAUACAUUGCCAUGGAAAGUGAUUGGAAAGCACUCUGGUACUGAGUAAAGAAGAAAGUCCUGCUGUAGGUUUGCAAUAAAUAGGCUGCCUAACAAGACACAAAUACUCUGCUCCUCAGAUUUUCAAAAUAAGCUGCUACAAUUUUACUGAUAAAAUUGUAUGUUUUAAAUGAGAGGGAUUAAGUAUGCUGUUUGUGCACACUUGCAGGUAUGUGUUUGAGGGACAGACUUGAGCCUAAUUUAGUAGGAUGACUCAGGUUUAUCAAAACAUGGAAACAUACCAUUUAAUAUUUUAAAUUCUGAAAGAUCUACAGAUCGUUAAGUGAAUAAGAAGAAUGUGUUGGUUGAAUCAAGUAUCUGUUUCAUCUCCUUGGUUUUGUGGCUUAUGAAAAAGCUUAAGUGAAACACAUUUUUAUAAUUGUUGGUGGCUAGGGUGGAGGAUGUGGGGAAACCUCAGGCUUUACUAAAAUACUCCUGCAACUUUCUAACCAGGUGGAAUGAGACCACCAUGAUAUUUAGGCAACUUCUUUAUUGUAUUACUUUUUUUAGUUCAUAGUUUUGCACUGACUUGUUGUGUUCUUGUUGUAGCUUCUUGUAGACAGCAUUGAAAGCACCUCUUUGCUCACUGGUCAAGACACGUUUAUUGUCCACAUUUGCUAUCCCAUUUUCUGAGACAAUCUUUCAUACUCCUGUGGUACUCGACUUGGUCAUUUUAGUCAUUAAAAUGCAUUAUUUUGUUUGGUUUUAAGUUUUCUUUUUCCCCUUCAACCAAUUGCCUUUGAUCAAAGAAGGGUCUUUGCUGUGAAAAUUAAAACCAUGAUUGAGACUCCAUUAACUUCAGUAAUGCAAAUGAGUAAAAUCACCUGGGAAGAUACAUUGCUGUUUUGAAAUGUUCCUUUUCCAUCGUGGAAUCCUUUUAUACGGAGAAUUCACAUCUGAUGGAAUGUUGUUUAGUUUGUCCUCCUUUGAAAUGAGGCUUCAUUUUGAUGCUUUCUGUUCCAAAUUCAGCUCAUGAAGAACCAUCCAUAGUACAUGUAGUAAGUGUAGUCAGUAAAUGUAGCUUCAGGAGCUCAUGCUGUCUGCUGUACUUGAUUGAGGAACCAACUAUAUGGUUCAGUAAUGGUGCAGUAACAUAUACAACCAAAAAGAAAAGAAGAAUAAAGAACAAAACUUCCAAUAACACCUUCUUGGAAUAGGAAGUAAUCACUGAUUUUCACCAUGUUUAGGAAAAAAACCACAAAAAUCCCCAAAACCACAAAAUACCACCUUAUGAAAGAGCAUACUUUGAUUAUUUGGGUUUCGUGUUUAGCAAGUGUCUAAUUACCAGCAGAAAUAGAAGAACUUGUCAUUGAGUAUUUAGCAAUCUAUAUUAUUUUCUGAGCAGACUCAGCCUUUGUAGGAAUGGUUUAGUAUAGAUCAGUCUUGAAAAUAAUCAAACUGGUCAUUUUGACAUCUGGUCUUUGAGAAGUGCCAGUUCAUGGUUAUAUUGCCUCAUCUGCAAAAACAACCAGCAGUUCAAUGGGAUAAGAUUUUAGUACAUGUAUUGUUGCUUUCAAAAAAGCCAGCUCAACUCCCUGCUCCAAGAUCCCACAACAACAACCACCCAACCAAUAAAAAAAGCCCCACCACUCUCUGCAGUGUGGUUUUUUUAGGAGAGCCAUCUUUUCUGCUUGCUUGGAGGCAAGAAGUUGAUGCUCUUUAGCUUUACUGUAAACAGUCAUUCCAGGAGCAGGUACUUAGUAAGUGUAUUUAGUACAUUUAGCGUUUAAUAAUUUAGAGUUCAGAAGGGAAUGCUCAUAGUAAUGCAAAACAAUGUGGUCUUAAGGUAUUGUGAAAUUCAGCUGUGGUGGUUUUUAUCGUUCUCCUUGGGGAAUUGCAAUCAAGUGUAGUGCCAAAGGGCUGGUGCUGUUUCUGGCACUCGAGUCUGAGUUAGCCUUUCCUUCCUGUACCUUGGCUGAGCACUGCUGUAGCAGAGCUGGCCCAGGUGACUGUGUCAUGUUAGCUUCAGGUGUGCAUACUGGCUUAAUUGGAUCCAUCCAGGAGCAGACUGCAAUGGGCAAGAACCUGGCACACAUUCAUUUUGCCAGCCUUACUACAAUAUGGUGGCUUUCAGCACAGGUGCACCAUGACCAAUUGGGAGCAGAAAUAACUUAUUUUGAAAGGCUGCUCAAUAAGAAACAGUUUAACAUUAUAAUAAUACAUAUGAUGCACAUUUUUCAGAAGCUAAGUUGAUACCCACAUGUUAUUUCUAUGCAGAGAUAUGUGCACAUGUGUAUGUGCAGGUACACUUCUGCUUGUCUGAUUUCAAGCUCUGUGGGGCUUCUCUUAAAGACACAGGGGAGGAGGAUAUACUUCAUGUAUAUUUUGUCAGAGAUUAUUGGAAUAGGAAAUCCAUAAUCUGUUUAGUUAAAAUAAGAAAAAAGCAUUGUUCAGGGGAAGUUGGAUGCCGUCUCCAGUAUUUUCCAUGGUGCGUAUAGGCAUAACUUUUGAAAUAGGUGUAUGCUGCAGUAUUCAACAUUGUUUUUCAGAAAGCCUGAAUAAACAAAACUGGAUGAAAUUGUUCUCCAGUAAAAGCAGCAGCUGAAUUGUGUUUGCUCUGCUGCUGAUCCCUGGUACUAGGAAUACUGCAGUGUAGCCUUUCCUGUGGACCUGAUCCACUGAGGAUGGAAAAAUACCAUUAUUCUACUGAGAUUCCAUAGCUUUGUAUCACUGGUAGUGGGUGUUUCCACCGCUGCCUUUAUUCAAAAGCUGUGUGUAUAUUAUAUUGACUUUAAUAUAAUAUAAACACAAUUUAUAUUGUGUUUAUAUUAUAUUAAAGUCUGGGGAUUCUGCCACCUUAAUGGAUGCUACCUCUGGAAGUGGCUAUGAUUUCCUUUGAAGGUGCUGAAGGGUGCAUUCAUUAGGUUUAAUAGCAGAGGUAGCAUUCUUCCAGAGAUGCAGUUGCUUACCUUGAAGUUUCCAAUUUUGCAAGAGAAAAUUGAUUUGCCAGAUAAUCUUUCAGUGUCAACUGACAUCUCUUAAAUCCAUGGAUGCAUCAUCUUUAUAAACUCUGUAUUGAUUUGUAUUUCAAAGGUUUUCUUCUUAGUUCUUACACUUUUUGCUGAAGCCAACUCAACAAUUUCCUUAUUAUUUCUCUUUGUACAAAACUGGAAUCUUUUAAAACUCUUAACAAACAUUAGGGAGAUUUGAUCUUUGACCUGGCACUGUCUAUCUGUCAUUUUACUAAGGUACCUUAAUGCUUUAUGGUAAAAUUUUCCAAAAUUGCUUUUAAGUGAUAAAAUUGGAAAUAAGUUUAAAAUAAACUAGGGUUUUGAAAGAAACAAUGCCAAAAGUCAUAAAUAUAUUCAGGGAUUCUGGGUUUGCAAAUGUAUAUAUUGAUAUGCAGUGUUAUAUAAAUAUUGAGAGUCUCUGUCCUAAUCAGACUUUAACUGAAAUUUUGUCCUAAUAUUUUUAAGAUACCUGAGAAUAAAAUAGUGCCUGUACAUAAUGAAAACAAGCAACGUUUUCUACAAUUCAUGUUUACUUGACACAGAUUGAGGAAGAGCCAAGCAAAUCCUGGUAGCAUGACUACCACUGUUUAAUUGUAGUUCGUGUAAAGUAGAGAAAAGCUGCUAGUAAUGCAUUGCUGAGAGGUUGCUGUUCCUGGAGGUAUUUGCACACAUCCUCUAAAAACUGCCAAAAUAAUUAGGUAAUGAAAUACAUCUUCAGUUCCCCAGACUUUAAACUCAUCCACCGCCCCUCUGGUAUCUUGUUUGGAAUAUGGUUUAGUACAUGAGAGUAUUGCUUCCAUCCACCUUUGGGAAUUGAUUCCAGGACCUGGAGGCAUGCUUUUAGUGUCCAUAUUGAAAUAGUAUGUCCAAUUCAGGAAGGAAGUGCUAAUUGGAAAUAAAUGCAUCCUUGAUCUGCUCUGCAAAUGGAUGGACUUGGACAAAUAUAAUUCAUGUUGCAUUGAAUUGAAGGUUAAUUUUUUAAUAUAAAUACUAUUUGGUGACACCAAAGCCAGGUUUGAGUGAGAUGCAGGGCAGAUUUGCUUGCAGCAGGGUGAAUCUGCAAGCUGAUAAAGCAGAGUGAGUGCUCUAGCAUGUAUAUAUAUAUAUAUAUAUAUAUAUAUAUAUAUAUAUAUAUAUAUAUGAAGAAUUUUUAGAAUUAUGUUUUUAAAGCAAAAAGUUGAUUUCUUCUCCUAGCCUCACUUUUUACCCACUAGAGUGUCAUAGACAGUGGUCCAAUGAGAACCUAUAGUCAGAGAAAUGUUUCAUGGUAUUCAUGUAGAUUAAAUGUAAGAGAUAUCACAAAGCCAAAAAGUAGCCACGCUGCAAAAGUUCAUUAGGCUUAAGAACUGGCAUCUGGGCCAUAAGGUUGGAAAAACAAAAUCCCAGUAUUUACUACUCUUUCUGCUAGUCUCAGCCUAAACCAGAAUCUUUCUCAAGUAUCAAUAAAAACUACUUUUGUAUUGUUCAUAACCUACUCUCUGUGUAGAUCAGGGUUUUCAGCUUGUCAUCUGUCAUCAUGUGUAUAUUCAGCAAGCAUUCAAUUUGUUCAGAUUGUUGCCUUUAAACACCAAUUUUCUGUGCUUUAGUGAUGGUUGGGUGGUUGGAAACCAACUUUUUAUAUCAGUAGUUAGGUUCUUGCCUAUAUAUAUAUAUAUUUAUAUAUGCUAGCUAGCAUUUGAUGUUUUGGUCAGGGGAGGGUUGGAGUUUUUUUUCACUUGGGAAAUGUCACCAAACCAAAUCCAAAGAAACUUUUGACAUCUUAUCCUAAGACUGGCUACAUCCUACUCAAACCUAACAGCAGAUGUUUUGCAUUACAGAGCACAGGUUGUUCUAAAGUGUGUGUUCCUACCAGGCCCCAUGGGGAUUUGGAGCAAUAACUUCUAUUGUCUGUUGACACAAAUUUUGUCUGUAUGUGUGAUACAUCUUCAGAAUGGAACUGUGUUCAAAACUGAUCAGUAAUUGGGUUUGAUAGAGUACCUGGUUGUGCAUGUAAAAUACUGACAAUAUAACCCCUGUGUCCAUCUGUGGCCCAAUGAAAUGUGUAAGUUAAGGUUGAGAACUACUUGUGUAGACUGCAGAGGUAUUUAAACUAAAUAAUUUUGAUUGUAUGCACCAGUCCUCAUCCUAAUAAAAUGGGUUUUGUAGCAGGUUUAAGAAGCUUUUAACUUGAUAUUGUAUUCACACUUGCAGUCCUUUGUAAGCACAGAAUGGUUAAUAUAUUUUGAAAUAAAAUGCCAUUAACAUAAAGAGAA